CCAGUGCGCGCGCCUCUCUGUCUCUCUGUGGACUGAGUGACUUUUUCCCGCUUUGAGCGCUUCAUUCUGCUUCAUUCUGCUACGAAAACCUCAGCUGCAGAGCGACUCGCGCGUGUCUUUACGAACAUCUUUUUAACUUCAUUAACUUCUGCUUGCGGAAAGCGACCGAGCCUCCUCGCGAGCGCAUGGACUGAGGGCUGCCCACGAUGAACGGCACGCUCUUCAACCGCACCGGCGCGCUGCUGGACCUGGUGGACUGCUGCACGGGGAACGGGACGGAGGUGAGCGCGAGCGACGGCGGCGGCGGUGGCGGCGGCGGGUCGCUGGCGCUCGAGCAGGAGGAGCGCAGGCUGUUCGUGACGCGCGUGGUGCAGAUCGCGGUGCUGUGCGUGCUCUCGCUCACCGUCAUCUUCGGCGUCUUCUUCCUCGGCUGCAACCUCAUGAUCAAGUCCGAGAGCAUGAUAAACUUCCUCGUGCGGGAGCGGAGACCCUCCAAAGACGUGGAGGCGGUCAUGAUCGGCUUGAGUUAGUUCCGGCGCGCGCAUGCCGAGCUCCGGUGGGGUUCACGAGGACACUCCAAAACCCCGUCCGUCCAACAGAGGCUGGGAUUUGUGGAGGAAAACUGGAAGUUGGAAGUGAGGGACUGAUGGAGAAAAUGGAUUUUGCACGCGCCAGAUAUGAGAAUGUAUUGAUGUUUAUGAAUGUUCGCGUAGCUCUUUGUACUUCAAACUUUUUAUAUGGUAUAUGUGCGUCACACGUGCACAUAUAUACACUCAAAAAAUCCACCGAGGGGCUGUUUGACUUGUUGAUGUUGACCGCAGUUGUGCUGACUGUCCUGAAUAGAAAUGUGUGGCACAAUUGAACGAAGCUCUAUUUUUGAGUGUAUAUACUGAUGUUCACUUCUUAUUAUAUGAACCGGUUUGUUGGAUUCGGGUUAUUUGACUUUUGACUUUUACAGUGAAACUAUGUUUACAUGUUUUUACCUCAAACGCAAGAAGACAAUGUGGUCAAAACUUUGUUUGUAUUGAACUUCCAAAAUGCAUGGACUUUAAUGAUGGAGUAAAUGUAGCCUAUGCAUCUGGCACCGUGGGUGUUUUUUUAGUUGUCUUCUUUUCCUUUUCUAAAGCCGUAUUUUUCUCUACACGCACGCUCGUCCGGCGGGGACACCUGCACGUUUCCUUCUUCGUCCUUCGCCGCUGUGGUGUGUGUUUUGAUGGGAGCUGGUCAGUUCAUCCGUCAGCAUGUUCCUGAUGUACCAGGUGCUUCUCUGUCCUGCUCUCUCUAUGAUGAAACCUCAGUGCCGCAUGAAGUCUUAUUUUUUUUUUUGUACACCAUGAUGAUACUUGAAGUAGUGCAGCAUGUUGUGUCAAUAAAGAUGCUAUUUCAGUUUC